AUUGUAAAAAAAAAUGAAAUUGUUAAGAAAACUUGAUCUGAUUCCGCGAUGUGUCCUUCCUUUGCAAAAAGGAUUUUCAACCGAUUUGCCGAACCUAUUAGGCAUUCCUAGGGUUAAGAUACCAGAAGGCCAAAGUCGUUAUUUAUUGCUUAUGGCUCAUUCGCAUGGCUACACAAGGUUUGGAAGAACCAUCGUCAGGGGGGCUGAUGUUCCACAUUUGAAAAUAUUCGACCAAGCGUUGGAGGAGAUGGAGCCACAAGGAAUUUGUGCGAAAUGUCUUGGCGGUGGAAUGAUUCACAAUGAUGUGAGCGGAAAAAAAAUACGAAUAUAUGGCUUUAGUUCAACUUUCGGGAAUGCUGACCACUUCAGGACAAAAAACAUACUGCAGUCGUGGUCCACAUUCAGGGAUUUCGAAAUCAUCAUCAAUAAUUAAGCUUCGGAAAUCUUAAUCUCACAAAAUAAAAAUGGCAAACGGAAUGCAUAAA